AUGAGAAAUGAAAAUCAUAAUAGGGUAAAUCCAAGCCAAGGAUACUUAUCGGAUAACGCAAGAAAUGCGUUGUUUGAUGGUAAAGAUAGGAGAUUUAAUAACAAUUUUAAUGCAGAAAGAGAUGUAUUAUCAAACCAAGAUAUUUUAGAACAACAAAGAAAACAAAUGGAUGACCAGGAUAAAAUGUUGGAUGCUUUGUCAGGUAGCGUUGGCAGAGUUAAAGAAAUAGCGAUUACAAUCGAUAAAACAGCACAAGAACACUGUGAAAUUUUAGAUGAAUUGGAUGUUCAAGUUGAUAGUACAUCGGCUAGAUUAAGAAAUACAACCAAAAGUUUAAUACAUUUAACACAAGAGGCAAAAACUACAGGCUAUUGGGGUGUAAUUUGUUUUUUAAUUUUAGUUUUAAUAAUAGUUAUAGUUUUGGCUGGAGCUUUGUAAAUUACCAAAUAAUAAAAUAUAUAUAUAUCAAGAAUAAUAAACAAUAAAUUAUGAUUAAAUAAUAAUUUUGUAUAAAAAAAAAACAAAAACAAAAAAACUAACGAUAUAGAUUAUAUCUUUUUUUUUUUCCAAUUAAACUAAAAACUAUAAAAUAAACUUUUAAUAAAUAUUUAAAAUUAAACAUAAGG